UUAUUUCCCGUGUUAUGACCUUGUUUACUAGUCGAAGCUGAGCCUUUGUAGCGAAAAAAAAAUAUGUUAAAUGAUCUGUUCCUGUUUUAACAUAAUGCCCCUGACAGCGGUGUGUGCAGAAAGGACGAGGGAAGAUGGAGCUACAUGAGGAUUACACGCUUUCUAUCUAGAGAACUAUUAUUUUAAGCCUUUUUCAUGAAAGCCGCUCGCUAGUUAGGACCUCUAACUAACUAACUAGACUAACUAACUAGUGCUUUUCAGUGGGAUUCCCAGGGUUCCGUUUGGGUUUGGACGUUAUUUGUGCUUCUGGAUCACAUAAUUGCUGCAUCAUGAUGGAUGAGGCGUCCCCAGCAUCUCUAACCGACAUGUGCCUCUCACUGGUGAGCUCCAAACUGGAGAGGUUCUGCGUGAAGCAGGCUGAUGGUUCGCUGUGUCUCCAAGAUGUUGUGGUUUUCCCUCAGGAGCUGGCUGAUCAGCUGCUCUGCAAGAUGGCCACAGAGGGCCUGCUGAAUGACAGCACUGUGGGGAUUUUCCGCAAUAGCCGGCGGCUCCGUCUGCGUCGCGCCUGCAUCCGUACAGCCCGCAUCUCAGCCGAGGCUUUUGAGCGCACUCUCUGCCUGCACCGGUUGCUGGAGCUCGAUGCUUCUCGUGUCAACCCAGACCUCACCAUCACUGACAUCCUGCGCUGCCUCUCGUCCAGCAAGACGGUACGUGAGAGCCUGCAGCGGCUCGUGCUCAACGGCCUGAGCAUGUCCUCGCUGGAGGAGUCAAGCGGCCACUGCUUCAGCUCGCUCCAGGGCCUGAGAUCGCUCAGCGUGUCCAAUGUGGACUUCUAUGACUCAGGGCUGGUUGAUGUGUGCUCACUGCCACGUCUGGAGAGCCUUGACAUCUCUAACACAUCGGUAACCAACCUGACACCACUGCUGAACUGCAAGGACAGGCUGCGUUACCUCACCAUGCACCAGCUCAAACGGCUGGAGAUGAGCUCCAAACAGCUGCUGGUCGUACUCAGCCAGCUGGAAGGGCUGCAGCAUCUGGACAUUUCUGAUGACAAGCAGUUCAUGUCAGAUGUGGCCUGGCAGCUUCUGGAAACCCCAGGUAUCCUGCCUGCGCUGGUGUCUCUGGACCUGUCAGGUCGGAAGCAGGUGAACGAUGCAGCCGUCCAGGCUUUUAUCGAGGAGAGGCCUGGAAUGACGUUCAUUGGCCUGCUUGCCACCAACGCCGGCUUCUCUGAGUUUCUGUCUGGAGAGGGUACAUUAAAGGUGACUGGCGAGGCCAACGAGACUCAGAUCUGCGAGGCUCUGAGGCGCUACAGCGAGAGAGAAGGCUUUGUUAGGGAAGCGCUCUUCCAUCUUUUCGGUCUCACACACGUGAUGGAGAAAGCUCGGCCUGACGUUCUGAAACUGGUAGCCUUAGGGAUGAAGAACCACCCCAACACCCUGAAUGUGCAGUUGGCAGCCAGUGCCUGUGUCUUUAACCUCACCAAACAGGACCUGGCGUUUGGGAUGCCUGUAGGGCUCUUAGGUUAUGUCACACAGCUACUGCUAGAGGCCAUGAAGACCUUCCCGAACCACCAACAGUUGCAAAAGAACUGCCUGCUGUCUCUCUGUAGUGACCGGAUUCUGCAGGAAGUUCCCUUCAACAGGUUUGAAGCUGCUAAGCUAGUCAUGCAGUGGUUAUGUAACCAUGAAGAUCAGAACAUGCAGAGGAUGGCAGUGGCGAUCAUAUCCAUCCUGGCUGCUAAGCUGUCUACCGAGCAAACGGCGCAGUUAGGAGCAGAGCUGUAUAUAGUGAAGCAACUGCUGCACAUUGUGCGUCAGAAGACAUCUCAGGUCACAGUAGACCCUACACUGAAGUUCACGCUAAGCGCCCUGUGGAACCUAACAGACGAGUCGCCUACCACCUGCAGACAUUUUAUAGAGAACCAGGGCCUGGAGCUUUUCAUCAGAGUGCUAGAGUCCUUCCCUUCUGAGUCUUCCAUUCAGCAGAAGGUCCUCGGAUUACUGAACAACAUAGCCGAAGUGGGCGAGCUGCAUGGAGAGCUGAUGGUACAGGGCUUUCUGGAUCAUAUUAGGUCUCUGUUGAACAGUCCUGAAGUGGAGGUGAGCUACUUCGCUGCAGGGAUCCUGGCCCACCUCACGUCACGAGGUGAGACGGUGUGGACCCUCGACAUGUCCCUCAGGACCACACUGCUGGAACAGCUGCACUCAGCGAUCCUGAAGUGGCCCACGCCUGAAUGUGAAAUGGUGGCAUACAGAUCAUUUAACCCUUUCUUCCCCUUGCUGGCGUGCUUCCAGACUCCUGGUGUACAGCUAUGGGCAGCUUGGGCCAUGCAGCAUGUGUGCAGCAAGAACGCUGCACGUUACUGUAGCAUGCUGUUAGAAGAAGGAGGACUGCAGCAUCUGGAGCACGUGAGUUCACAUCCGGAGACUCAUUGUGAUGUGAGACGACUGACAGAGAGCAUUCUGGACAGCCUUCAUCGCCACCGAGCACGUACAGGCUACACGGGAACAACACAACUGCACACUCACAGAGAGAGAGAUGUCCCAUGAGACGAAUAACCCGUGACCAGUCUCUGGAUGACGCGUGGUGUACUACCUGGAAACUGUUUGUGUGUGUUUGUCUGUCUCUCCGUGUCUGGCUUGUUUAAUUCCAUCCUCCAAACCCACCGUGUGCUCACUUCCACACGUCUGGGCACCGGAGGGUGGGGGUGGGGUGUUUGGGGGGAGGACCUAACAAGCGUUCAUUUGCACAAAGCAAGAUAUUUAUUUUCUUCUUUUUCUUUCAUCCUUUCUCGGUUUAGAAAUGAAACACGUCAGUUUAUUUUAUCAGCUCUGUUGCCUGGGGAAAAAAAUUGGGUGACAAGUAUCGAAAGAGGAUAGCAUGACAGCAUGUCUGCAUGUGCUGAGAGCAUGCUUUAGUUCCUCGGGAUUCUCAAUAUGCACAGUUUUAACAGAUUCUUGUCCCUGUGGACGCACAGCAAUAAAUAUCUCAAACGUAUGUAUCCGAAUCUCCGAUCUGUGUUGUUUUGAGAUGGUGUUAAUUGUUAAAUUCUUCUAUUUGUGUGUAUAAGUAUGCAUGUACAUGUGAGGGUGCUUGAGGGUUGGUUGCAAUUACUUUAUACUUGUCAAUGCAUUUGACAGCAUGAGAGGUUUAGGUUUAGAUUUCUCUCUCUCUCACAUACAGUAUAAUAUCACUGUACAUGGUAUCUACUGUGGCAGAUGACAGAUACUGUUAUAAAGAGUGCUAUGUUGUGUUGCACGCAAAAAAAAAAGAAAUAAUCAUAUGUUGAUUUUGGUGUUUUGUUCUGAGAAAUAGUAUAAACGGGGCUGACUUGUAUUUAAAAGGAUCUAUCUAGUGAGUUCUUGAUUGUCAGAGAGAGAGCGAAGCUUAGUUGUUGAAUUGUGGGCUCAUUAUUGCACAGCUCUUAGUGAGAUACAGCUCUUAUUGGAACACAGCCCUCUCUGACCCUCUUUAUUCACAUGGUGCAGAGGCCAGACAUUGGAUAUAAAAUGGGUAGAGAUGUCUAUAUUUAGCAGCCAGACUUGCAGAGAAUACAAUUAAGUGAGACGUUCUAUUGUGAGCUACACACCUGCUUUGUCCAAUCUCUAAGCCCAUGACGUUCAUCUGAUUUUAUUUGUCAGUGGUUGUGUUCUCUUGUUGUAAUUUUUUCUUUGCUCUCAUUUAGUAUGUGGGGCCAUGUACCUGAAAAAUAGAGACCUGAAGACACACACAAAUUGGUGUAUAAAAAUAAAACACGUUCGCACAGUUACUAAAUCAGACAAUCAGUUGGAAGCAGCACAAUGCAAAACAUUAUCCAGAUAGAGAUCAAUAGCUUCAGUUCACAUCAUCCAUCACAAUGGAAUUAAAGUGUGAGCUCUGACUUUUAACCAUAGUACAUUAAAUAAUCAAUCACUCUUUACAACCAGGGUGAGCAGAAAAGCAGGCACAAAACAUCAAACCUUUAAGGUGGAUGAGCUGCAACAGGUUUCAGCAAAGAACAAGCAUCUGAGGCUAUCAUAGAUACAGACUCACCCAAUCUGAACAGAUGGGGAAAAACAAAACAAAAACGGUCGUUAUUCUUCACAAAUCUUCAACUCUAAUCUAGUGUCCUGUAGCUGUAUGGUAUUAUGCAUUGUGCUGCUGCCCCAUGAUUGGUUGAUUUUAGAUAUCGCCAUGAAUGUGCAGGCGUUCCUAAUAAAGUGGACACUGUGUUUGUUAACUGGUGUGUGAAUCUAUACCAGAUACCAAAGAAAUGAUUGACUCUCAUGGGCUCACUCACUACUGGAUGGUGUAGUAUGUUGCCUUAUAAUGACUGCCUGAAUUGCCUUCCUAGAUGUUAUUAGCUUUGUCCAAGACACAGUUCCUCACAAUUUAAACAGCUUUCACAAGGAUUAAGGCUCUAACAGGAUCUGAUUUGCUGACAGUCACAUUUUUUGUCAAGAUUACAUUUCACAUAGCUUUCAUUCAUGACCCUUAGACAUACGACAAGCUUAACUGCUACGUCAACAAACGCCGGGAUCCUCUGCAAUGAAUGGAAAUUGGGGGCAAAAAUCCUGCUUUGCAAAAAAAAAAAAAAAAAAAAAAUUCAUCAAAGUACAUGGCCCCUCAUAAAUCCCCCCCCUUUUUAAAUAAAUAACAUGUUAGUGAUGCAAAUCUGCCUCCCCCCCCCCCAAACUGCUCUUUAGUCUGAUUUCAAUGGAUAUGUCCUUGACAAUAUUCUGUCAACCAGUCAGAGAAAUAAAUAAAUAACUUUACAUUCUUUUA